UUUUAUCUCUUCGCUUUUUCUUUUAUUCCCUCCCUCAAUCGUUCUCUCGUAGCAGCAAAAUGUCAGAGAAAGGAGGCAAAGGGCUCAAAUCCUCCCUCAAAUCCAAAGAUGGAGGGAAGGAUGGGAACUCAACAAAGCUGAAGAAGGGUAGAAAAAUCCACUUUGAUCAAGGGACUCCACCACCUAAUUACAAGAUUCUCAAUGGUUCUUCUGAUCCACUACCAUUUCAGAGUUCUGCUGCUAAAGUUGGUAAGGGAGACAAACCUACCAAGUCUAGCAAAAACUCUCUGCAGUCGUUUGAGCUCAAAGAUCUUCCUGAGAAUGCUGAAUGCAUGAUGGAUUGUGAAGCUUUUCAGAUAUUAGAUGGAAUUAAGGGACAUUUGGUUGGGUUGUCUGAAGAUCCUUCCAUCAAAAUUCCUGUAUCUUAUGACAGAGCAUUGGCUUAUGUGGAUAGUUGUGUUCAUUACUCAAACCCUCAAUCUGUCAGAAAAGUCCUUGAACCUCUGAAAACGCAUGGUGUCUCUGAUGGCGAGAUGUGUGUGAUUGCGAAUGCUUCCCCAGAUACCGUAGAUGAAGUUCUUGCCUUUAUUCCAUCGCUGAAGGCUAAAAAAGAGGUGAUCAAUCAACCCCUACAAGAUGCAUUGGUGGAGCUAGCCAAGCUGAAGAAAUCGGGAUGAUGAGCAGACUGCUGCAGUCAAUGGUUCAAUGCUAGGAUUAGUUUGCAGCUAAACCUAAAAUGUAUUUGGCGUCUUUGCCUUUCUCAACAUUAACAACUUUUGUCUAGUUUUGGUAAUUGGCACUAUCUAAUCAUUAGUGUGAUUUAGUAUAUCGGUUGGGAAUCAUCUGUAUUUGUCGUUGACAAUAGCAUUCAUUUCGCAUUUGAAGACACCAACUUCCUUCA